UUCGAUUCCACGAAUAGAUGACGUUAGCGUAAACUGUCAUCUCUUCGGAACGAACUGUGGCUCUCUGUUUCUGUUUUCAGCGGAAGCUGCAUCGGAAAACUUGCGAUCGGAAAAGAUGGAGAAAGACAACAGAAAAUCAUCGGCUCGUGCUUCCAUUAAGCUGGGAGACCUAGACUAUACGCCGGUACUGAUAGCACUUGCAGUGGUCCUGCUAACUUUUGUGGUGCUGUUCCUAUGGAAACGCAAGAAGACCGUGCGAUCGGCGGUACUAUUCACCGGGCUGUGCGAUUCGGGCAAAACGUUCCUGUUUACCAGUUUAUGUCUUGGCGGUGGUCGCGAAACGUAUACAACGAUGAAGGAGAAUGUGGGAAGCUUCAAGACGGGAAAGGGCCGUGAACUGAAGAUGGUCGAUGUGCCCGGCCAUGAACGAUUGCGGGGCAAGUUCUUUGACGAGUAUAAAAACAUGGCAAAGGCUAUCGUGUACAUGAUCGAUAGUGUAACGGUACAGAAAGAUAUCCGGGAUGUUGCGGACUUCCUGUACACAAUUUUAGCGGACAAAGCUACCACUAAAGUUCCGGUCGUUGUGUUGUGUAACAAACAGGACGAAACGCUGGCCAAGAGUGAAACUGCCAUCAAGAGCAUGCUGGAAAAGGAAAUCAAUAUCGUUCGGCAGACCAGGCGAAAUCAACUGCAAUCGGUCGAUAACAGUUCGUCGUCGGAUACAUUUUUAGGCAAAUCUGCCGGAGUGGAUUUUGAGUUUGAGCAGCUCGGACAAAGGAUACGCUUUGUGCCGUGUUCGGCAACUGACGAAAAAUACGAUGGACUGAUAACAUUCCUGGAAGCGUUGUGAGUGUACAACGCAUGCGCAUUUUGGUCCCGCAUAGCGUCCCGUUUUCUCAUCGCUUAGUUUUAUGUGUGUUUCACCCGGUACGUAAUAAAACUGUUUCAAUAACAACAUUGA